GCUCUAAUAACCCCCAAACCAACAGCAGAGUCACAAUCAAAAUCUGGCUGAAUUCAUUUAACGGGGCGAUCUACCAAUUUAGCAUCCUUUAUCUUGUUGUUAUCUUUUUUUUUUAUUCGAAAGAGAAAGAGAGGAAAGGAAAAUCUCAAAACAUAGCAGUUCACAAGAGACGCGCAUACACCAUGGCAGCUUGCAUCGUGUGUCCCAAAAGGCCUCUUCUGGCUCUGCCAUUCCUUCUUCCUUCAUGCGAACCAGUCGCUCUCGAAUUGAGACGCAAUCAAUCCACGUACAGGCGCACGAAACAACGUCUACGCGUCAAGCCGGAUGCUUCAUUCGGUGCCUCCAAUCAAUCACGCGAUCAAAUCAUCUACAACCCUCCACCGACCGCCCCGUCCGUCUACCAAACACCAACCAAGUUUCUCCCUCCUGAUGAUGCGCGGAGAGCACUACGUACCGAUGCCUCUUCGGGCCCCGAAAAUGUCGACAGCUUUGCCUCCAUAUAUAAAACAUCACCCGAAAAGACGUAUCACCUGAGCCAGUCGGAUAUAGAAGAGAUCCGCAAACUCCGAUUAAACGAUCCGAUGAGUUGGAGCCGAUGGAAAUUGGCCAAGCGCUUUGGUUGUUCCCCGAUGUUCAUCGCCAUGGUUUGCGAGGCAGCCCCAGAAAAGAAGGAGAUGCAGAAACAGAUCCUUGAAGCAAUUCAAUCGAGAUGGGGCGCGAAACGUCGGAUGGCUAGGGAAGACCGACAGCUGCGGAGAGAAACUUGGGGAAGGGAUGACUGAGUCCAGCACGCAGGUUAUAUCUGUUUUCUCUAUUUUACCUUGUGCUCUCGUCGUGUAUGUUUGGCAAAGGUCCUGUGGUUGUAUAGAAUCAUGUACACUAGCGGCACUAGUUUCAACCGCAUCAUGUAAUUGUUUUCAAACCCUUUA